AUGAAAAUAGUGGGGAGACCGUUAGCUGAUCACAUCAAAUUGUUAGUCAUCAAAAAUGACAAGACAGGUCUUGAUCAUAAAGAGAUCGAAAGUUUGAAGACAAUCUUAGACCCUUUGAUUCCGCACGAUAUUAGUGAGGUGUUUGAUGUUCAAGAUUUUAAUUCGGUCCAGUUGUUAAACAAAAAAGAACUAGCUCAAUACACCCAUGUUAUCUCAAAUAGUAUUGAUUUCCCACAGUAUAAAGUCCUUACAGAUGAGUUGUUAAUACCUGUUGUUACAUCAGAAUGGUUGCAUUUGUCAGUCAAAAAGAAAAGCGUGGCAUCUACAAAACCAUUCUCUCCUGAUCCGAGGAAUUUCUUCAGAUGUGUCUCCCUGGCUACAACUUCAUCUUUAAACGACGAUUUGGCAUGUUUUAUGGAGGCCUCGGUGAAGACUUUUGGUGGUACAUUUUCUCAUGAGCUAAAGAAAACAUUGACUCACCUAAUAUCGUUAGAUUCAAGUGAUGACAGCACUAAAAUGAUAAAAGCAUAUAACGAGGUAAACACUGAAGGCGUUAACAUUCAUAUAGUUUCACCAAAUUGGGUGACUGAUUCAAUUCUUCUUGGCCAACUACUUUCCGAAGAUGACUAUAGUUUAGAUAGUAGGAAAAAAAAGCAAAACAUAGAUAUACCUGAAUUUGUAAAAGGUUUAAAAUUUAAAUGUGCUGGUGAUCUGAGUGAUUUAUUCACUAACUUAGAAUGUGAGGAAGCCCCAGAGCUUAUCAUUACUAGGUUUUAUGAUGCAAAUGUGGCCAUCAAGCAACGGUCUUUUGAUUACCUAUUAGCAUUAUUCAAAGAAAAGUCUACAACCCUCUCCAAAGAUUCAUUACUCUAUUUUCCCCAUCCUAAAACACCUAUACUAGGUAUGAAGCAUUUGCUUUUUUCGAUAACGAAUUAUACGGGAGAUGCAAGGUAUUACAUUGAGGAGCUAAUUACACGUAUGGGGGGCAAAUGUAACAAAAAUUUGAAAGCAUCAGGAACACACCUUAUUGCAGCUUCCUCAGUUGGCAAAAAAUAUGAAUAUGCUAAAUUAUGGAACAUAAAAGUUGUCAACCACACGUGGAUUGAAGACUGCUUCAUGAACUGGGAAUUGCUAGAUGAAGAUGGAUAUGGAAAAUUGCCUAGGAUUGAUGAAAAUAUUCGGUUCAUAGGUGAUUGCAAAUUUAAUGGAUUUUCAAAAGCUGUGAUACCAACUGAUGAUGUGCUUAAUAGGGAAGUUCAAGUUAUUGACAGCGGGCUAACAACCCAAGUUAGUAUGAAAGAACCACUAUGUUUAAGUGGUACAAACUAUGAUGCAAACGUAGAGGGCGAAGUGGCAACAGCUAAUUCGGAAGUGAACACUUCUAAACAAGUUGAUCAAUUGCUUACUCUGCUAAAAGACUCAGAAGAAACCAAGACAUCAGAUGCUAAAGAAAAUAAGGGAGGUCCUUUAUUUUCAAAUACAUCGAACACUGUGACACGCACAACAUCUGAAAACAAAAGGAAAUAUACUGUCCCAGCAUGCAUUGAAGACAAUGCACUAACAGAUAUACAAGAUGUUGAAAAACUCCAACCUGAAAACAAAUCGACUGGAUUGGAUCAAAAGAUAUGGGAAAUUCCAGAUGAACCUAUUGUGCUUGAAGAUACUAGUAAAGGGAAAAGAACUGCUGAAACAGAUUUCACUGUGACACUAAGAAAAAAACAAGCUACUAAUAAAUCCACUCAACAGUCGAAACCUUAUGAUAUUGUUGCGAUAGUAACUGGUUCGAAUAUAUCCAUCUCUUCUUCCGAUAAAAAAGAAUUAAAAAAAAUUGGCAUCACAAUCAUAGAAAAUCCUACCAAAAAUCUGAACUGCAUUAUUGCACCAAGUUUAUUACGGACUCAAAAGUUUAUAACUGCACUUUCUCAUGAUCCUCUCUAUUUUAUUGAACCUUUAUUUUUAACUGAUGUUUUGGGUACCCUUGAUAGCGUCAAAAAAAUUGGUGACUUUAACUCGAUAGCUCCCAAGAUUGAAAAAUAUAGUAUAUGGCAGCACAUCAAUUAUGAAAAAGAUGUUGUUUCAAAAAGGCUCUUCCAAAGCGGGACUACUAUGGUUGAAGCUGUAGGUUACAUGAAAAGAUCCAGAGAAGGUUUAUUUGAUGGUUUUGAGUUCAACAUCUCCUCCGGUAUAGCAGGUGGUUUUGACGCGGUGAAGAGUAUACUCAAGUCGUAUGGGGCAAAGACACUCAAUAACUUUAAAGACAAUUCUAAAGUUGCUGUUUCAAAUAAAACGGUAAAAAUAUUGGGGAAAUCUGAUGUCUCAAUUUUGAUUUGUGGCUCAAAUGAGUCUAGAACCAGGGAACAUUUUACUAAGGUUUGUGAGAAAUCAUCCCAAAGAUUCAUAACUCUCGAAUGGGAUGUGAUAGUAACAUCCAUUUUUGAGGCUGCAUUUAAUGUAACUAAGGAUAAUGUUCUAGAACACCAUCGUGUUUUUGAAGAAUAA